GCGCGCUCUCGUAUCGUAUAAAAGGGAGGGAAAACAUCGGUGGGUUUUUAUUCUCAAUCGUUCGUUCGUAGCGUGCGGACGCGUGACGAUACGGAAUUAAAUUAUUUGAUUUAGUUUGUGUGUGGGUUCGUUAAUUCGCGACGUAAUGGCUCGUACAAAGCAGACCGCUCGUAAAUCCACCGGUGGUAAGGCGCCGAGGAAGCAGCUCGCCACCAAGGCGGCGCGCAAGAGCGCACCGGCGACCGGUGGCGUCAAGAAGCCCCAUCGUUACAGGCCCGGUACCGUGGCCCUGCGUGAGAUCCGUCGUUACCAGAAGAGUACCGAGCUGUUGAUCCGCAAGCUGCCUUUCCAGCGUUUGGUGCGUGAGAUAGCUCAGGACUUCAAGACCGAUCUCAGAUUCCAGAGCUCCGCCGUGAUGGCUCUUCAGGAAGCCAGCGAAGCUUACCUCGUCGGUCUCUUCGAAGACACCAACCUGUGCGCCAUUCACAAGAUGACCGGUCGCGGUAAGGGAGGAAAGGGGCUGGGAAAAGGAGGAGCCAAGCGUCACAGGAAAGUACUUCGUGAUAACAUCCAGGGUAUCACGAAGCCCGCCAUCCGUCGUCUGGCUCGCAGAGGCGGCGUCAAACGUAUCUCCGGUCUGAUCUACGAAGAGACCCGUGGUGUGUUGAAGGUGUUCCUCGAGAACGUGAUCCGUGACGCCGUCACUUACACCGAGCACGCCAAGAGGAAGACCGUCACCGCCAUGGACGUCGUCUACGCUCUGAAGCGUCAGGGCCGUACCCUCUACGGUUUCGGCGGUUAAACGACCUAAUCGACAACAUCGGGUUGUUUCGUCGCGGCGAGUGUGUGUGUAUGUGUGUACGUUGUGAGUUUUCUGAGUCUUCGACGACGACGACGACGGAGGUGUAGUGUCAUGUGUGCGAUUACUAUCUUAACGCGACUUACACUCACUUCUCGCUCGCACUUCUACACACUACCACUGCUGGCUACGACGAGAGUGUUGCCCGCCCGCCUUCUACUAUAUCAUAGAAGACGCCGGCGCUCGCUCAAACAAAAAGGCCCUUUUCAGGGCCGCA